UAUCCCAUAAUCACCAACAUAAAACCUCAAAACCCCACAAUGCCGGUCCAAAACUAACCCCAAAGCAGCACCGAGAUCACUAAUGAUUCGAUUAUUCACUCGAUUCCCACAAUCACCAACACAAAACCUCAAAACCCCAAAAUGCCGGUCCAAGACCAACCCCAAAGCAGCACCGAGAUCACUAAUGACUCGAUUAUUCACUCGAUUAUCAAUGCCAAUGCCAAUGCCAAUGCCACUCUCUCACCGUUAUCAACCACAAAAAUCCCGAGAGUUCCAGAUCUGUUGAAAGAGACACACGACUAUGAGAAAUACUUUGUUCCAAAGGUUGUCUCCAUUGGUCCCUACCAUCAUGGGAACAAGAAACUCGAGUUUGUUGAGAAACUCAAGCCUGCUUACACAAUGAAGCUCCUUAAAGAUAACAAGGAGACGCUAAGAAGAUUGUACGAAAAGCUUGGUGAACCGAAAAGGGUCGAAAAUUUAAGAAGCUUCUAUGAAGAAAAGUGGACAACCAUGUAUUGCGAUAAGCUCUUCACGAAGAUGAUGUUGCUGGAUUCUUGUUUUAUUUUGUAUUACAUUCAAUACAUUUUUAGCGAUAAUCCAGAAUAUUGUGGCGAGUUAAAAAGCCACCAGAUUGCCUUUGUUCAUCGAGAUUUGUUCCUGUUGGAGAACCAAAUUCCUUUAGAAGUUCUAAGGGAGGUGAUGGAGAUAAUUAAAAACGAUUGUAUGGGUAAGAUUAUACUGUUCAUCGAAGGCACUAUUUUGGCACCUAAGAGGCCGGAAAGAGGGUGGUUAGAUUCACUACUUUGUAUCCGAAAUAAUCAAAGUGGUCGAAACGAAUCUGAUCAGAAGGAGUUAAUGUACAUGGAAUCCAAUCAUCUUCUCCAUCUUCUUCAUCGUAGUCUUACUAAAACGUCUCAGGCAUCCAGGCGGAGAUGUAGAAACUCCUGUAGCCAAUGGCAAGUGCAGUGCGUGGAAGACAUAAGAAACACCUGUAGCUCCUGUAGCCAAUGGCUAGUGCGUUGGGUGGAAAACACAAGAAACUCCUGCAGCCAAUGGCUAGUGUGGCGGUGGGUGGAAAAUAUAAGAUUCUCCUGCACCAAAGUGGAACAGCGGUCGGUGCAAACUAGAAGAGUACCUGAUUAUGAAAGCUCCCUUGGACUAUCCCCACAAAAGAAAUCAGGUCGGAGAGAAAGCAAAUACAAUGAUAAGAGGUACACUUUUCGCAAUGUUUUAGAGCUAGUGGAUGUGGGGAUCCAUUUCAAGCCAAGUGACAGCAAGUCGUUGGCUCACAUUAAGUUCUCUAAAGGCUGGUGGGGGUUUUCAGUGAAGGUGGAACUCCCUCCAAUAGUCGUGGAUGAUAUCACCAAGCCUAUGUUAUUAAACCUGAUAGCCUAUGAAAUGUGCUAUCUUAAUGCAUAUGAAGCAUGGGUUACAUCUUAUACAUGUCUUCUUGAUACUCUGAUUGACAACGGUGAGGAUGUUAAGGCUCUUAGAAAAGCUGGGGUGCUUGAAAACUCAUUAGGGAGCGAUGAAGAAGUCGCGAAAUUGUUCAAUGAAAUAGGCACUAAUUUAGUUCCAUAUAAAUCCGCAUAUUUGAAUGCAAAGAGAGAAAUACAAAAGCAUUAUGAAAGUUGGAGGAACACACUUUUCUCCCAACUAAAGAAAGAAUAUGUGAAGAGCCCAUGGGCGUUUUUUGCACUUCUUGGAGCAUUGAUAGCUCUCCUUCUUAGUGGUUUUCAAACUUAUUUCACAGUUUGGAGUCCAAAAAGCACAUGUGAUGACCUCUGCAUGUUUUUUAAGAGUAACCAUCACUUAUAAGAGUCCCCAACUAGACGGUUCUUUUGUAUCUUUUGGAGUCUGAUUCGAGUAUUGCAAGUCCUAUUUAUGUUUUGUUUUUUUAUGAGAACAUAUUUGUUCAAUAGCAACCAUGAGGUCACCUAUGUUGCUAUUCUGAAAUAAAAGUAGGCUAUAUAUGUUUGUGA